UUUAUUGUGACCUUGACAUUGCAUGAAAUCUUCACGGUUUCCGUUUGAGCAUUCGCUUGAAGGGCAGUGGUAACAACAUCACUGCAUCUCUAAACAUGGAGAAUAAAAACUUAGAAAACGUUCCUGGACGUGACGAAAAACCAUGGGAGCUGGAAAAAAGAAUGGAAAAUCAUUUUCGACAUGCCAAGAGUCGAUAUCCUGCAAUGAAUAUCGAGCCUAUGGCUUAUGAACGUGAACGAUUGACAGGCAAAGGGAUGACUGCAGAGGACCGGGCACUGAGAAAACAAUGGUUGUUAGAUCAACGUUUAGCACCACAUGAACCCCCAAAUUCAGUCGUUGCGUUGGAAACCAUGAAUCUUCCUGUCAAUCCAAUUAAACGUGCGUUUAGAAUGCCUAUGGAUGCUACCUUUAGAGCUUUGGCUCCAGUGCUUGGUCAGGCUAAUGCCACAGGUCUGAGAGGUAUUGUCCCAAAUGUUCUCAAGGUUUCAGCUGUUAUUUUGGGUGUAUUCUAUUACGCCAAAUAUUCAGAACAUAAUUGGGAAUCUCUUCGUGGAUGGCAUGUAUAUAGCAGUAAACCAAGACAGUUAUAUGGACGUGAGGUACCAGUGAGAGAACACAAUGAUUUUGCCAACCAAGGAUUCAAAGAAAGGAAUGUACUUCUAGGAGGAAAAACUAGUUUUAACUCUCAGGUUGUCAGUUAAUUAUUGACAUAGACUAGAUUGUAUUUAAAAUUUAAAAUUAUUGAAGUAUGAGUGAUCAAUUAAAGUAUGUUAUUAAAAGAUAUACAAAUUA